AUGGGGGAGACAGGGAAACGGUUUAGGAGAGAUGAAAUUGAGAAUAAGAACCAGAAGAGGAGGAUAGAGAGAGACCAGAAGAGUGGUGAUGAAUUGAUAGUGUAUAGAAUUCUGUGUCCUGAUACCGUCAUUGGUAGCGUGAUCGGAAAAAGUGGGAAAGUCAUCAAUUCCAUUCGACAGGAUACGAAGGCAAAGGUUAAAGUUGUGGAUCCCUUUCCUGGUUCCAAGGAUAGAGUGAUAACGGUAUACUGCUAUGUUAAGGAGAAAGGAGAUGUUGAGGUUGACGGGGAGUUUGAUGACAGACAACCUUUUUGUGCUGCUCAGGAUGCGCUUCUCAAGGUCCAUGCAGCAAUCGCAAAUGCUGUUGCGUCUGGCGUGGAGGCUGACAAUAAGAAGCGGCGAGAUAAGGAGGAAUGCCAAAUUCUUGUUCCUGCUAGCCAGUCUGCAAAUAUAAUUGGGAAAUCAGGGACUACUAUCAAGAAACUGAGAAGUAGGACAAGGACAAACAUUAGGGUAAUGGCGAAAGAUACUAGUGAUCCAGCUCAUUCCUGUGCAUUGGCAUUCGACAACUUUGUUAUGAUUUCUGGUGAUCCCGAUGCUGUGAAGAAAGCUCUUUUUGCAAUAUCUGCCAUCAUGUAUAAGUUUGGUCCAAAGGAAGAAAUUCCUCUUGAUACCACAAUACCUGAACCUCCACCCAGCAUCAUUAUACCUUCAGACGUUCCUAUUUAUACUGGUCCUGGAAUCUACUCUAGUGUUGAUCCUAUGGGGCCACCGAGGCAUGUUCCUCCUGUUUUAGGUCCUGGACAUGUACAGGAAUUUCCUAGCUUUGCUGAAACAGGGAAUACCUUUCCUGUUUAUUCAUCUGCCCUUCCUGUAGUUUCUGGUUAUGGUGGAGCAGCUAGGUCUGAGGAUCUGUGUAUAAGAAUACUCUGUCCAUCUAGCAAGAUUGGUCGUGUUAUUGGGAAAGGAGGAAGUUCCAUUAAAAGUGUAAGGCAGGAUACUGGUGCUCGUGUUGAAGUAGAAGAUGCCAAGGCUGAUCGUGAUGAAUGUAUCAUUACUGUCUUCUCAACCGAGUCAUCAGAUGAUCGGAAAUCCAUUGCAGUUGAAGCUGUAUUAAUGCUCCAGGCUAAGAUAAAUGAUGAAGAAGAUGACAGUGUUACCAUACGUCUUCUUGUUCCUUCUAAAGUAAUAGGUUGUAUUAUUGGAAAAAGUGGUUCCAUUAUUAGCGAGAUCAGGAAGAGAACUAAAGCAGAGAUUCGCAUCUCGAAAGGUGAUAAGCCUAGAUAUGCUGAUGGCAAUGAUGAGCUCGUCGAGGUUGUUGGUGAAGCUAGUAGUGUUAGGGAUGCCCUUAUUUCGCUUGUUUUGAGGCUUCGGGAUGAUGUUCUUAGAGAUAAGGAAGGAGGUCGUAAUAAUUCUGGCGUUUCUGACUCCAUGUACUCUAGUGUUCCUGGUCUUUCUGUCCCCCCAGUCCUUCCCAAUGUUCGUUCUGUUGCUCCAUUAGCUUAUGAACAGAGGGCCGAAACCGGGGCUGGUGUUGGCAUACUUCCAACGAGUAGCAUAUAUGGAUAUGGUCCAUUGUCGAUGGGAGAUAGCAGUUAUGGUCCUUUGUCUGCAUUCUCGUCGAAAGUUUUUGGAGAGUUGAGUCAACCCUCUAGGGUUGAGAUAGUGGUUCCUGCACAUGCAGUUGUCAAAGUCAUGGGCAAAGGGGGGACAAAUCUUGAAAAUAUACGUAAGAUAUCUGGGGCAGAUGUAGAGAUUUUGGAAUCCAAAUCCUCUAGGGGCGACCGUGUGGCUUUAAUAGCUGGUACACCAGAGCAGAAGCGUGCUGCUGAAAACUUAAUUCAGGCAUUUAUAAUGGCCACUUAA